AUGGCCACGUACCACAUCAUCCCAAUCGACAAGGGAUGGACUUUCAAGCAGGCAGAUAACGAUGAAUCAGAGUUUUUGCCUGUGGCUCAAUUCCCGACGAAUGUACAUCUAGAUCUAAUGGCAAAUAAGCUGCUCGAAGAUCCGUUCAUGGGAAAGAAUGAACUUGGCGCGCAGUGGGUUGGCGAGGCUGUAUGGGUUUAUAAGACCACAUUCGUAACGCCAUCCUUUGUGGAGGGUGGUGAGAGUCUGGCCCAAGCUGUUAUCUCUUUUGAGGGACUGGACACCUUCGCGACAGUGUUGUUGAAUGGACAGGAAAUCCUGAAGACAGAAAGCAUGUUUAUCUCAGAGAGAGUCGAUGUGACGAACCUGCUGCGGAACGGUAGCGACAACGGCAAUGAGAUUCAGAUCACAUUCGACAGUGCAUACCUGAAAGGGAAGAAACUCGUUGAUGAGCACCCGGAACACAAAUGGGGUUGCUGGAAUGGGGACCCAUCGAGAUUGGCGGUCCGGAAAGCACAAUAUCACUGGGGAUGGGAUUGGGGACCAAUGCUUAUGACAUGUGGUCCAUGGCGCCCUAUAAAUCUAGAAAUCUACACCAGUCGUGUCGCAGACCUGCAUUUCAGCACCAAGAUUGACCAGGCCCUUACUAUGGCUGAAGUUGUCGUAGGGGUUGAUGUGGAGGGUCCAGCUUCUCUAGUUAAGAUUUCCAUCUCACUUGACAAGAAGCUGGUGACCGAGGAGACAAUACCAGUGAGCAAUGGUCACGCCAAAACCAGCUUUCGGCUGAAUGAUCCUCAACUAUGGUAUCCGAUCAGAUACGGACAGCAACCUCUCUACACCGCUACAGCUACUCUUCUUGCAACAAGCACGGACAAUACCAAAACUCACACCAUCCACAGUGUCAGUAAGAAGUUCGGGGUGAGGAAAGUUGAGCUCAUUCAGAGACCACUACUUGAUCAACCAGGGACAACUUUCUUCUUUCAGGUCAACAAUAUCUCCAUCUGGUGCGGAGGGAGUGACUGGAUUCCGGCAGACAACUUCCUCCCCCGUAUUACGAGAGAAAAAUACUACGACUGGGUUAAACUGGUUGCCGAGGGUAAUCAAUUCAUGAUUCGCGUGUGGGGCGGUGGUAUUUACGAAGACCAAGCCUUUUACGAUGCGUGCGACGAGCUGGGAAUCUUGGUAUGGCAGGACUUUAUGUUCGGCUGUGGUAACUACCCAGCCUAUGCGGAGAUCCUGGAUCUGAUUCAGAGAGAGGCGGAGGACAAUGUGAAGCGCUUGCGUCACCACCCGUGCCUAGUUAUCUGGGCUGGAAACAAUGAAGACUACCAAUAUCAGGAAGACGAAAAGCUGACCUAUGACUACGAAAACAAGAACCCGGAUAGCUGGCUCCAGACGGAUUUCCCUGCUCGUUAUAUAUAUGAGAAGGUCCUUGCUGAUGUGUGCAGCUCUCUAAUCCCAGAAACUGCCUACCAUUACGGCUCACCCUGGGGUGGUGGAGUUGCCACUACAGACCGUACAGUGGGUGAUAUACAUCAAUGGAAUGUCUGGCAUGGCACCCAGGCCCGAUAUCAAGACUUUGACAAGUUGGUGGGGCGAUUUGUCUCGGAAUUCGGAAUGGAGGCGUUCCCCAAUAUCAAGACAAUUGAUUCGUUCUUACCGCUAGGCAAAGCUGAUCCAGAUCGCUAUCCACAGUCUUCCACCAUCGACUUUCAUAACAAAGCUGCGGGUCACGAGCGGCGAAUUGCGCUUUAUCUCGUCGAGAAUUUCCGGUAUGCCCCCGAGCCAAUCGAGCAGUUUAUCUACUGCACGCAGCUUAUGCAAGCCGAGUGUCUUGCUUCAGCGUAUCGCCUAUGGAAACGGCAGUGGAAAGGACCCGGUCGGGAAUACUGUGGUGGGGCUUUGGUGUGGCAGACUAAUGACUGCUGGCCAGUUACUAGCUGGGCUAUCGUUGACUUCUAUCUGCGGCCCAAGCAUGCGUACUUCACGAUCAAGCGUGAGAUGGCGCCGAUCAGCUCUGGCAUCAAGAGGACCGAGACAUACAUCCCGAGGGACAAAUAUACCAGCGCAUAUGUGACCAAGAAAACAACAAUUGAGAUUUGGGGUUCGAAUCUGACCUUAGAUGACACCGUCGUUAACGUUAUCGUUAAGGCAUGGGAUAUCAUUACAGGUCAAGAAACGUACAGUGUGACACUAAAGUCUGAGUUCGUGCUUGGGGCGAACCAGAGCACAGAGAUAGGUGAGAUGGAAGUUCCAGUUCUUCAUGAGGGUUAUGAGAACCGCACUGUUAUUGGAGUCUACUUUUUACAAGAAGGACGGCAAAUUGCACGGUAUAUCAACUGGCCUGAGCCACUUAAAUACGUACACUUACAGGCCCCGAAGCACCUGACUGCUGAGGUGUCCCAAGACGGAAAGUUAGUUGAGCUCUCCAGUGAAGUCCCGGUCAAGGGGGUGGUGGUGGAAUGUGAUGACGAGGAAGUGUCUUUCAGUGACAACAUGGUUGAUUUAGUUCCUGGAGAGAUCAUCCCGAUUCAAAUGAAGGGGGCUCACAAGGAAUGUCAGAUAAAUGUGCGAUACCUUGGGUUAGGAAUGAUCUAG